AUGGGAUCAGUUGGAUACGAUCAGAUUCUCUCUAUUUUUGCUUUGGUACAGACUGUUGUCCUCAAGGUUGGUAUGUCAUGUGAAGGCUGUGUUGGAGCCUUGAAAAGGGUUCUGGGCAAAAUGGAAGGUGUAGAAUCAUAUGAUAUUGAUUUGAAGGAGCAGAAGGUGACAGUGAAAGGUAGUGUGCAGCUUGAGGCAGCUCUACAGACUGUUUCAAAAACUGUGAAGAAGACUAGCUUCUGGGAAGCAAGAGCUCCAGCAGCAUCUGAAGAGAAGCCUGCUGAAGCUGUGGCUGCUGCUUAAGUGUCUUCACUCUCUGUUUGCUU